AUGUCUUCACGAAAGCCAAAGUGUGGUUCGCUGUCGAAGAACUUAAUGCAAAUGAAAUUUAUGCAAAAAACUAAAAACAAACUCAACAGCGAUAACGGAUCCGGUGGUGACCUCUUCGACAGACAAUAUAAUGAGAAUAUAUUAUUUGAUUCGCAAAAGUAUUUAAUAAACAACAGUUACGUCUACUGCGAGGGACUGGUGUCCGGAAGAAUGUCUUUUCGUGGUAUGAAUCCAGAGGUGGAGAAAUUGAUGCAAGACUUGGAUCGCAAGAGUGAAGAUAAUGGCAACGAAGGGAUGGACGAGUCGGUCGAUGUGUCGGAUCGCGAGAUGGGAGACAGAUAUUCAAAGUUUAUAAGUGAUGUCAGGCAUCGCAAGCGAAACCAAUCUUCGCGUAAACACAACCAGAGACCAGACAAACGGUUCAAAUCAUCGCAUCAUUGA